AUGACUGAGAUGCAGGGAUUCUACCACAACGUGCGUCGGCCUGCGGGCCUCUACCUGGAGCCCGCCUUGAUGCAGAGACGUGUCCUGGAGGACCAGGUGGAGCUGUGGUGGUUCAGAGAGCCACGCCGCUCCUUGCUGUGCUACUGUGCCUCAGUGGCCCUCAUUAUGGGGCUGGGCCUUGGUGGUGUAGGCCUCCUCUCCACGACCAAGAGCCUGUCUGGAGAGUGGAGACUCGGGGUGGGCACCACACUCUGCCUCUUGGCCCUCGCUGUUUUGCUCAAGCAGCUCCUCAGCUCUGCCAUCCAGGACAUGAACUGCGUGCACAGCCGGCGUCGCAUUGACCUUUUGAAGAGCGGCGGGAGGGCUGACCCGGUGCUGAUUCUUGCCGUGGGGUCAGCAGUGAUGCUCUGUGGGACAGUGCUUCUCUGCAUGGCCACAAUUGGCAACCGAGUUUGGGACAGCAGGGAGAUGUUGGUGUCUGGGCUGGUGCUGAUGGCUGCUGGGAUCGUCAUGGCAGUGGCUGUUGCGGGUUAUGGUGUGAUGAUCUGCCUUAAGAAGCAAAGGGAGCAGAGGAGGAGGAGGAUGGUGAGAAUGAGCAGAGCCAGGAGGCUUGGGAGUCGAGCCGCCCUGGUGUUCAGUGUCUCAGGGGGACAGACGAGCCAAGUCAGGAGAGAGACGUCCUCCAGCAGGACAAGUCUGAUCUGA